AUGUCUCACUUCCACCUUAUUCUUGGGCGCGAAAUUAAUACAAACACCUGGUGUGCUAACAACGAUUCGUUGGACUCUCAAAUUGACGUGUUCUUUGCGAGUGUGUACAGUGUGUACACUCUAAGUGAUGACAGAUGGGCUGCGAUGCUCCGGCUUCACACGUCGGCGUGUGACCAGACCUCGGCAGUUUCAUUGCCGAGGGAGUUGUUGGGUCUGAUAGGUGAGGGAAAGAAGGAAGAGUUGGAGUUAAAGAGGGAAGUAGAAGAGGAAAUGGAGGUUGGUUUGGGAAUUGAGGAUUAUAUUCCCCCUGGGAAAGCUAAUAAACCAUUUUGGGCUCACGGAGUGGACAUGCUUGGGUACUCAUUGAAUUCUUUGAGGUUGGCAAACUUGAAUUUCAAGGGCAUUGACUCGCCUAGAUCAUCACAAGUAGUGAAGCUACAGCUGAAUUCGGAUGAUACUGAUCGAAUUCUUUUGUGCUGCAAAUCAAGGGGAAUCAAGUUAUGCGGGCUCUUGGCAGCUGCCGGAUUGAUUGCAGCUCAUUCCAGUAAUUGUCUUCCUGACCAAUGGCAGAAGUAUGCAGUCGUAACACUCACUGAUUGUCGUUCCAUGCUUCAUCCUGUUCUUAGUUGCCGCAAUUUUGGGUUUUACCAUUCUGCUAUCAUGAAUACACAUGACAUAAAAGAAGGGGAAAACCUUUGGGAGCUGGCAAAGUGA